UUUGGAGGACCACUGUGUUGUGAUCCAUUUGUUUUUGUGCAAUUCAGCAGUGGUAGUAAACACAAAAGUAAAUUAUAGAAAAAUAUUACUAACUAAGUAAUAAAGCAAAUUUCAGCAAAGAUGCAUCUCUGGUACCAGCUAGUAUGAUUACACACAGGAUAGGCAUGUUAGCCUCACAUGCUAAGCAGUUUCCUUUCUCGGCUGUAAGUCAAUAAAUAAAUGCAAUUCCUUUAACAGACGCGUGCACGGACUGUAACUGACAAUAUAAACCCACAACUGUAGCAAAAAGAAGAAGGAAAUGGAGAAAGCGACUGUGAGAAAGAGCACUUAAGAGCAGAGGAUAUCAUUCAAGCAUGAAGCUGAAGAGCAGCUGUUCAUUUCUCAAGCGUAAUGCAAAUGACUUCAUCGCAGUUGUGUCAAAUAGCAGUUCUGAAACCUUUGAUUAUGAUGCUAUUCUUUCUCUGCUUCUGUGAUGAAAUGACUAAUUCAGCAGAAAAAGGAACAAAACAACAGCAACACUUGUUGACUACACACACUUCUCCUUACACUUUAAGGCACGUUACAUGUAGAAUCUUUAUAGAAGAAUGAUGUCCCUAAAAACAUCUUCUCUGCUUUGUCUGAUCUUUCUCCUCAGGAUCACAGCAGCUCUGGGGACUGAAUGGAGUGUGAAAUACAGCCAACGAAAUCUCUGUGCUUUAAAAGGAUCUACAGUGUUUAUGAACGGCACUUACACACACCCAACACGUCUUACAGUGAAAGGGUUUUGGUUAAUAAACCCAGUUAAGGGUAUAGAGCCGACUGAUCUGUGUAAUGAACCAGGUUACUCAGGUAGAGUGCAGUAUUUAACAGAUGGACAGAAUCACUUCUCCCUCAGACUGAGUGAUGUGAAGAAAACAGAUGAACACAUGUACUGCUUCAGAAUCAGAACAGACACAGAAAAAGAUAAAUACACUGGUUAUCCUGGAGUUACACUCAAUGUUACAGAUCAUCUUGAUGUUCAGAUCACUCCUGCAGAAGUGACAGAGGGACAAUCAGCCGUUCUGACCUGUAAAACCACCUGCAGUCUGACUGAUCCAACAUUCAUCUGGUACAAAAACAGCCAUCAUUUAACCACAAAGACCAGCAAGAGAAAUGAAGUCCGUCUGCAGUCAGUCAGCAGUGAGGAUGCAGGCAGUUAUAGCUGUGCUGUAAGAGGAUAUGAACAUCACUCUCCUGCUCAAACCCUCAGAGUCAGAUAUAAUCCUAAGAACAUCUCAGUGUCCAUCAGUCCCUCUGGUGAGAUAGUGGAGGGCAGUUCAGUGACUCUGACCUGCAACAGUGAUGCUAACCCACCUGUGAAGACCUACACCUGGUAUAAGCAGGCGACAUCGGUAGGAAAUGAAAAGACCUACACCAUCUCCAAGAUCAGCUCCAUGGACACUGGAGAGUACAAGUGCAAGUGCAGUAAUGAAGUCGGACAUCAGGAGUCCAACAGUGUAACUCUGAAUGUUCUCUAUCCUCCAAAGAAUGUCUCAGUGUCCAUCAGUCCCUCUGGUGAGAUUGUGGAGGGCAGUUUAGUGACUCUGACCUGCAGCAGUGAUGCUAACCCACCUGUGAAGACCUACACCUGGUAUAAGCAGGCGACAUCAGUAGGAACAGAAAAGACCUACACCAUCUCCAACAUCAGCUCUGAGGACACUGGAGAGUAUAAGUGCAGGUGCAGUAAUGAAAUCGGACAUCAGGAAUCCAACAGUGUGUCUCUAAAUGUUCUGUAUCCUCCAAAGAAUGUCUCAGUGUCCAUCAGUCCCUCUGGUGAGAUAGUGGAGGGCAGUUCAGUGACUCUGACCUGCAGCAGUGAUGCUAACCCACCUGUGAAGACCUACACCUGGUUUAAGGGAAAUUCCUCUAUAAGAACAGGAAACACCUACAGAAUAAACAGGAUCAGAUCUGAGGACAGUGGAGAUUACACAUGCAGGGCUGAGAAUAAACACGGAGAUCAGUCAUCUACUGCUGUGUCUCUGAAUGUCCUGUAUCCUCCAAAGAAUGUCUCAGUGUCCAUCAGUCCCUCUGGUGAGAUAGUGGAGGGCAGUUCAGUGACUCUGACCUGCAGCAGUGAUGCUAACCCACCUGUACAGAACUACACCUGGUAUAAGGUGAAUGAAAGCUCACCUGUAGGAUCUGGACAGAGUUACAGAGCUGUACCGAGUGGACAGUACUACUGCGAGGCUCAGAAUAAACACGGCUCUGAGAGAUCAGCUGCAGUAACUGUCACUUUAAAAGGGUCCCAGAGCGUAGGUGUAUAUGCAGGUCUUGGUGUUGUUCUGUUUGUGUGCAUUUGUCUGACUGUCACCUUCUUGUGUAUAAGGAGAAAGAAAAUUACUGGCUCAAGAGCAGACCAAAGUUUAAAACAGGAUAAUCUUUAUGCCAACAUAGCAAAUCCAACCAACACUGUAUCUGAUUCAGCCUCAGCCCAUCAGGAUGAAGUUCUGUAUGCCAGUGUUGUACACCAGAGGGCAGUUGAUCCCAGGAAAGCUGAGAGUUCUGCUGUGAAAGCUUCUGCCUCUGAGGACGGGGAGGUUCAGUACGCUAGUGUUAGAUUUAAACGCACCACUACUGCUGACUACAGGCCUUCCAAUGUUGAGGAUCCCACUGUAAUCUACAGCAGAGUGAAAUAAACAACUUUCACCUAUUAAUUCAAUCUCAUUACAAUUUUUACUUGGUUAUAGUGGAAAGCUUCUAGAAAAUCUCCAGAUGGACACAGUCACAUGCUUCAUUAAAAAGACUAGUGUAUUUAUAGAAUUUAAUCAAGUCUAACAACAGUGUGUGUGUGUGUGUGUGUGUGUUUUAUGUAGGAUAAUCAAAGGUAUAUGCAUAGGUUCAGUUGAGAGAUGACAUUUAUAACAUGCUCUAGGAUAACUGUUGUGUAUACAUCAAAAUAUUUUCAUACGUCAGAAACAUAUUUUAAAAUAUUUUAAUAGUUGAUCUUUUUAUGUUUAUCCUUUUUAGUAUGCUGGAAUAAUUUAAAUAUUUCCCCUAUAACCCCAAAAGUAUCUGUGUUUUUACUUGCUGUGAUUUUACUAUGUUUGAAAUGCAUCUUUUAUUUUAGCAAUCAUUGUGUUUUUGAUUUAUUUCUCUUUUGUUUGUAACUCUGCAUAUUAAAAAGCAAG